AUGGCCGUGUCGGGUGCAGACGUUCAAGCUUUUGAUCUUGCGUCUCCCUUCAGCACCCCGCGCGCACAGCGUCACACCGCCCAGGCCGCCGAUAUCGUCUCGCCCCCUUGUACGACCCCACGGAGACUGCGCAUGCCGCUUGGCCCCUCGUUACUCAACUCGUCUCCGGCCACCAUCGUACCGGGUGACUUUACAGGAAGCAUGAGCCUUACGCCGGAAGCAAAGAAGCCAGCCCAGCCUGCGGUCAGCUUGAAUGACCUGCCUGUCGAGCUCGUCCAGCAAAUCCACAAACUUGCAGACAACCCUGCAUUGCCUAUGACAACGCGGUACAUGCGUAGCUCCCUCACACAUGCGUCCCCGACGUAUAUCGCUGCAUACAUGCUCCACCAGUACCGUCGAGUGGAGCCUUACAACGUCCUCACGUUCGCCUUGCGUCGACGGAUUGUGGACAUUGCCGUUGCCGAGGAGAUGAUUCGUAUCUGGGACUAUCGCCGUGGAUAUGUUCCUACCGAGCUGCGGAGCCGUCGGCGGGCCGGAGCUCGUGCAAGGCCAGCAACUGCAAGGGACAAGGCGGGGCAUGGCGAGUGUGACGGGGCCAACGACGGCGAUGACAACAACGAACCCGAACCUGAACCCUGCACCCCACUCAAGCCCAAGGUAACCAGGCCUGCACUGUCCGUCUCCGAGCUGCCCAAGCGUCUCUUCCGUCCCAAGCCCGGUCCCGGAGAGCCCACAAUCUCACCCCUCGUGCACUGGCUGUUCAACCGCUUCGAGCCGCCUCUGGCCAGCCACAAAAACUAUGCCCUCAACCGCGCCGCCCUCAACCAAAACUACGACAUGGUCGAGCUGCUGCUGCGCAAAGGUGCCGACCCAAACUUGCGUAUGCACUUUCCGCUCCGUGCCGCGAUUGAGAAGAAGGACCUCCGGCUUGUCAAGCUGCUCGUGGAGCCGUUUGCAGAGUCGUCCGACAGCCCCGCAAAGGGGUCCGGCAAAAAGCGCAAGCUGACCGACCGGAUUCGCAUCACUCCAGGGCUGGUCAAGGAUGCGCUCAAGAACGGUACCCCGGAGAUUGUCGACUACUUUGUCCACGAGAAAGGUGCGAUGCCGCCCUUGGACCAGAUUAUGGCUCUCGGCAACUAA